AUGGAUGCGCGAGCUUGGCCCGCACUGUCUCAUAGGGCCGGAGCCGCUGGAGUGGCAGGGGAGGCCUUCAACCCAAUGAAUGUACAGGAUGGCCUGUUUGAAGGAUUUCUAGUUGAAUGUGUUAUGAAACAUGUACUUACCAGUCCCUCGUCUGCACUUGCUGGAGAUGACUUCCAUGUCUCUAAUUCUUGCAAUGCUGUAAUCCACAGAAUGAUGAUGGCAGAGGCUGAAAAUAUUGCUUAUGCAGCUGUCCAGGCACGCUCAGCAAUCACUUCUCGUGACAAAUGGACCACAGAGGACAGUAAAUUCUCAUAUCGAAAGUUUUAUUACAGGAUCAUCGACGUCAUUCACAAUCUGCCAGACAAAGCAUGGGCAACAGCAACACUACAACACUACAACCUAAAAUUAUUCACAGACAAGGCUGGACGCGCUGCUGCCCUCUCGACCUCUGCAACCUCAGAUGUCAGAGACUUGGACAAAGAUGAAGACGACGUUGCAUUGAUGUGCAAACAAUUUGCUCUUCGGUCUGCAAAUCUCGCAAGCACAGUGAAACCUGCUCCACCACCGCCUGCUCCAUCAAGUAUUGACUCAGAGGUGCUUCCUCCACGGCUGCAUACUCACAAGGACCCAAGCCUGUCAGCCUCAUCUUCUCCUACUCCACAUUCCUCUUCACCUGCUCACCCAGCUUCAAAACUGGAUCACCCUGUGGCUAGUAUUGCUCCCCUGGCUCCCAAGCCACGUCCCAAGCCACGUCAGGGUGUGGCUACACCAUCCGAGGCAUCCACACCACUUCCCCGCAAGAAACAGAAGUCAGCUCAACCGGAAAGCCCACUUACGGAAUCCAACGCAGAGGAAGUUGAGGCUCCAGUUCGAAGAUUGCCCCAAAAAGCUCAACCCAAGGCCAGCAGCAAGACUGCUAAAUCCACUAGCGCACUGAAGAAAAGGAGGGGAAGAAAAUGA